AGAGAGAGAGAGAGAGAGAGAGAGAGAGAGAGAGAGAGAGAGAGAGAGAGAGAGAGGCUCCAGAUGGUGUUUAAACGCAGACAGAAGGCUCCAGCGAGGACAGAGAAAGGAGGAGGAGGAGGAGAGAGGGAGAGCCGGCUGCUCCUCACGUCAUCUGAAAGAAAAUAAGACUGAAAACCACAAAGAGUCAACAGGAGAAAAACAAAUUACAUCUUAAUUCGUUUGCGUUUGGGGAGAGAAGAGUUUUUAGGAGCGCCGUCGGUGUGUGUGCGGAGGAUCGACAGCAGCAGGACCACAAACGUGCUUUUAAAUAAAGGAGGAAGGUUUUAAAGUUACCACGGGAGGAAUACGAUCCGCCUCGAUCCGCAUCUCCGUUUGCGUGUUUUUGUUUGUUUUUGUUUUGUUUUUUUUCUCCUGGCGGGGAUCCGUGCGGACUCGAAGAGCAGCCGUCAAAUCAAGACACAAAUGUCUUCUUUUUAUCCGUUUGCUUUCUGGAAUGUUCGAGUAUAAGAGCGGAUUUUACGUGACUGGGACAAGUUGUGAUUUUUAUUAUUAUUAUUAUUAUUAUUUUUUGUUCCUCGUACAGUGGUGUUUGCUUUUUGAAAGCAAAAGCGCAAAACCAAAGACUUCCUUAAGGAUCCUAAACCUCUGACUCGCUCUUAUUUUAUUUUAUUUUUUUUUAUUUUUUUUUACUCCUACAUUUAAGAAGAAAAAGUAAUACCUCAUUAUUUAUUAAACUCGGAAAGUCAACAUUUUUUAUUUUUGAGCUCCCAAAGGAAAGUUUUCCUCUGCAUAUGACUUCUGCCCCUCCGUCCUCUUUUUCAACACAAUAUUUCAGACACAAAGAAAAGGAAUAACACCUGAGUACCGUUCAGCCCUCCACAAACAAUGCGGAUCGAAAUCCUGCUUUAGAAACUAUUUGCUGUGGAUUAUCAGCGCUGCACAAUUACCUCAGCUUGACCCCGACCUUCACAAAGUAGCAGAGUGCAGAAGGUUGGAACAAUGCCAGAUUCACCUGCGGAUGUGAAAACCCAGCCCAGGUCCACCCCACCCACUAUGCCUCCUCCACCCCCGGCUGUCAGCCAAGCAGCCAGUCGUAACGCUUCAUUCACUCCUACCACCAGUAAAUCAAUGUUGAAUGGCAGCAGCCACUCUCCCACAUCACUCAACGGCGCUCCAUCCACUCCUAACGGCUUCAGUAACGGGCCCGCCAUGUCCUCGACAGCCUCGCUGUCCAACCAGCAGCUUCCACCAGCCUGCGGAGCGCGACAGCUCUGCAAGCUGAAACGCUUCCUGACCACACUGCAGCAGUUUGGCAAUGAUAUAUCGCCUGAGAUUGGAGAACGAGUGCGGAGCCUUGUGCUGGGGCUGGUGAACUCCACUCUCACCAUCGAAGAAUUUCACUCUAAACUUCAUGAGGCCACCAACUUCCCUCUGAGGCCUUUUGUCAUUCCCUUCCUGAAGGCAAACCUGCCCCUGUUGCAGAGAGAGUUGCUGCACUGUGCCAGGUUGGCCAAGCAGACUCCAGCCCAAUAUCUGGCUCAACACGAGCAGCUUCUCCUGGAUGCCAACGCCAGCUCGCCGCUCGACUCCUCUGAGAUCAUGCUUGAGAUGAAUGAGCACGGAAAGAGAAGGACCCCCGACAGGACCAAAGACAGCUCGGACAGAGAAGGCUUACAUCCAGAACACCUUGCUAAGAGGCCCUGUACCAUCAGCCCUAGCCAGCGCUUCAGCCCCAGCACAGGGUUACCUGCUCACCCACCCAACGGCCUCUCGACACACCCGCCUAAUGGCCUGCCACACCCACCCAAUCCCCAAGUGGGCCCCCAGCACUACCGCUUAGAGGACAUGGCACUGGCGCACCAAUACAGAGACGUUUACAGGCACAAUGAACAUCGCGACACCCGAGACAGACACCGGCAGGCAGCAGUUCACGGAGCUCGCCAUGAGGAGGUGAUUGACCAUCGUCUUACAGAUCGAGAGUGGGCAGAGGAAUGGAAGCACCUUGAUAAUCUGCUGAACUGCAUCAUGGACAUGGUGGAGAAGACACGCCGCUCUCUGACUGUGCUGCGCCGCUGCCAGGAGGCUGACCGCGAAGAGAUGAAUCACUGGAUUCGGCGCUACAGCGACGUGGAGGAGAUGAAAAAAGGUGGGAGCAACGGACAGCACUGCCUUCCUCCUCCUCCUCUUCCUCCUCCUCCUACUCCUCACCACAACUCCUCCUCCAACACAGCUAUCAGCAGCGAAUCACAGCCCAUAGGAACUCCCUCCUCUGCUGAAAGGCAGACAGGCAGACAGACAGAGAUCCAUCGAGAUUUCUUACACAGGCCUCCGUCAGGAUACCUGCCAGAAGAAAUCUGGAGGAAAGCUGGUACUACAAGCAUCCCGCUCUCGCCAGCACUAAAGCACCUCCAAAACAAGCAGGAGGAGGCAGUGAACGAGGUGAAGAGGCAGGCCAUGUCAGAGCUGCAGAAGGCGGUGUCGGACGCUGAAAGGAAGGCUCAUGAGAUGAUCUCUGCCGAGCGAUCUAAAAUGGAGAGGGCCCUGGCCGAGGCCAAGAGGCAAGCUUCUGAGGACGCGCUAACAGUCAUCAAUCAGCAGGAGGACUCCAGUGAAUCUAACCAGAGCUGCUGGAACUGCGGGAGGAAGGCCAGCGAGACGUGCAGCGGCUGCAACACGGCUCGUUACUGCGGCUCCUUCUGCCAACACAAAGACUGGGAGAAGCACCACCAUGUCUGCGGUCAAAGCCUGCAGGGGCUGCCAGGGGGCAGCAGCGUCCCUCUGGGCACUCCCUCCUCAUCCACCUCAUCCGCAUCCUCCAGUGCGCCCCCCACCCACUCAGAGAGCACUCCUCCUGGACCCCUUUUGCUGGCGGGGCAGAGCAGUAUUGCGGGAGGAGCUGGCGGUGGUAGUGGAAGCGUCUCAGCCAGCCCCAAGGAGACCAGUUCCAGCAGUGUCUCUCGCUCCACAACCCCAGCUACGCCCGCCCUCCUGGAUGCCACUUCGCGCUGACAUCUGGCUUGUGACUCUUUCUGCAUAGUGUAACAGUGCCCACACUCCAUG